GUUUAAUAAACUGUCUUUCAACUUUAAACUACUUACCUUAGGUAACUCGAGGUAUUUUCCUCAUAUGCAACAUGAGCGAAUCACGUCCGGUUCUCAUAUAUGCUGAACUCCUGUCGCGUAUACAAGGAGUUUCUGUUGGAUGCGAGCUGUAUACACCGAGCUCACUUAAUACUAAAGCCGCCAUCUCGUCUGAUGGCUGGUUCUUUACAAUACACCACGAUGGCAUAGAGACCUCUAUACGUCUCCCGGGGCAAGUCGUCCCAGUUGAGCAACUUCCCAUACAGAGCGUCGGAAAGAAACAUCUUUCCUGCCGGUUGCCUCUUGCUUCAGGUCUAGAGCGCCAUGUCCUUUCCGCGCUUGGGGAUCAACCUGUUCCAUGGUCCGCAUCUGAUCUUCUACCAGAGUCACCUAUUUUGUGUCGAAGUUGUCGCAAUACUAUUGUCAAGCCUGGCAUAAUCAAGGUGUGGAAAGACCUACCCAGCGAGAAUUGGGCUGAAAUGAUGGAAUUCUGGCAUUGCCAUAAACCUCAUGAUCACGGUCAUAAACAUGAUGAUGAUGAUGGCUCUACUUCCAAAGCAUAUGGUGCGAAUUCUAGGAUAUCAGCCCAAGAUGGCGUUGGGUUUGUGGAUAUUUCUUCCUUUCUUCUAUCCGAGACGAAUAUUUCUACGUCGACCAUAACAAAAGAUACAACCCUGUUGCAGUCACAAAAUGAAUUAGAAGUUGAAGACACAAACUCUCGCUCAUUGCAGCCUGAAAAUAUACCCGUCAGCUGCGUAUCAUGUAAGAACCAGCUGGGAAUACUAAAUGGCCAAGGAUCUGCGGUUACCCUCUUCAAGUGGCAAGUCUACGUGGAUGAGCGGAUUCCGCGAGGUCCAGAUAGCUCUCCCAAUCUGGUUCACUGGGUCAGCGCUAUGCUUCUUGCGACAAUGGCCCGUUCCGGCUGUUCAAAGUCUAUCUUGCUGCCCAUGAAGCUGAAAGACAGCCCAGCGCAAAGUGUCUCUCAGACAAACGAAGCAUCCCAAUCGCUACUAAACAUAUGGGUGUUUAAUAACAUCUCUUUCUCGUCUACAGGAGAGCCGAGGUCGCCCAUCAAGGCCGUGAAGGUGUUUUAUCGUAUGGUUAGUCAAGGUGAAGCAGACAAACUACUCGAUUCCGUGGUAUCAGAUGUACAAGAUAUCACUCUACCCGCUGAUGCAAUCGAGAAGGUAAAGGGCAUCCUAAACAGUAACAACCAGCUACUACCUCAAAGUGAUCGCCAAUUCAAGGAAUGGAAAGUUAGUCUCCUAGAGAAGUGGGAAGGCAAAGACGGAUGAGGACAGCUUAGGCGAGAUGAUCCAUCCGAUGAGUCCACCUAGCGUGGCUCAUUCUCCUAUCGAAAACUCAUAUUUAUCUCGUAGGAAAUAAGGUUAAAGGACCUCUACCGAGACCUAAAUGGAAACAAGAAGUCCAGAGUCUAGGGCUAGUAUUCAAUUAGCAGUAAUUUAGAGAGACCAAAUAACUGACGAGUCUAUCAAUUCAUAACUUAG